AUGGCGUAUAAAAUAACACGACUUAUUCUUCGGGAUCCCAUUGUAGUGCUGAAAGUCCAGGCUCAGAACCCGCUCAAAAUGUGGGAGGAAAUCAGCAAAUUCAUCGAACCGGCACAACUUGUGGUUCUUAUGCCCUCUUUGCCAAUGUUACUUUGA